GCAGCGUCAGGCACUUGUGACUUUGAAGGAGGUCUGUGCGGAUAUGAGCAUGAUCCGAACGCUGAGUUUCAAUGGAGCAACAACACUGGGUCUACCUAUAGCCCCUUCACUGGACCCUCGGGAGAUCAUUCAACAGGAACAGGUCAACUGUAAAUCAACAUGCCCACUUUUUGUAGUGUAUAUAAAGGCUCAAAAUGAAACUGGCUUCAGAAAUACAAGCAAAAUGAUAUGCCAAUCCACGCGUUAUGCCUGGAAUUUCAGGGAAACAUGUUUGUUCAUACAUAGGAUUCUAACCAUGUAAUUAAGGUAAUUCAAGACAGUCUUCGAUUCUGGAUUCAAGAUUCAUUUUUCUCUGCCAUUUAACUCUCGAGUACUUAUGUUAAAUUAAUAAACUACUAAAUUUUAUAAAAUAAACCAUAUUCUUCGGGUUAUUCGUAAAUUUUAAUUAAUUUUAACCUUUUCAAUAUUAACAAAAGUUGGCUUUUUAUCUUUUUUGCAAACAGGAUCGUAUAUGUACAUCGAGACAUCUUACCCGCGCUUAAACCGAGAAGCUGCGCGCUUAAUUAGUCCCGAGAUCUCCAAUGCUGACGGAAACUGUCUCAGUUUCUACUUUCACAUGCAUGGCCACAAUAUCCGGCAGCUUUCAGUAUAUUCACAGACCCAUAGCGGUUCUAGAACUCUUCUUUGGCGCAAGCAAGGGAGGCUGGGAAAUGACUGGCAUUUUGGUUCUGUUUCAUUAAACAUACCCAAAGAUUCAACCAUAAAGGUGAUGUAUCUAUACCGAAAAUGAAAAUCGAGCAUUUUUAAGGCGUUGCUCAAGUAGUCUUUUUCACUCGUGCAAAGCAUUUUGGGGGAAACGCACAAUAAAGAUUCACAUGGUACGGAGUUCUCAAUUUUUUCAAGCUGCGAAAAAAGGCGGACGAAAUUUACAAAUAGAUUGCAGGUUAGCCUGUUCCAGACGCUGAGUUAAGGGAAGGCGCAGAGAGAACUAAGGCGAAAAGCAGCGAGGCGGGAGGGAUUUUUUAUUAGUUUCGUGCCACACUUGCAUGGAAUUGGCUAAAUCGAAUGAAUAUCGUGAUAUUUAAAUGAACAGGCCAGAAAAGCAACUAUGUAUUAAGAAAAACAAUAAGAAAGUACUGACAAAUCAGUCAAAUCAUUGCAUUAAAGUGGCUGAACAGUUUUGCAGCCGGUCAGCGAUAGCGCGUCUUAAAUUGAACAAACAAACAUGGCGGUGAAAAAGGCAAUGUUACACAGAAGAAGAUCUCUCAAAAUCUACUCAUUAAAAUUUUGUGAUCUUUGGUAGAAUUUCUACUUUUAUCGCAUUUUAAAUAAUGAGAACUUUAAAAUGAAAGUUGAGCAGACGAAUUUUGUAACACAUUUAAUAAUUACAGUACAAUUAUAUUAUUGAUUAUCUAAAAACCCGUCUGUUAAAAAUUGGUCAAAUAAGUUUCAAAUGACAGUAAGCUGUGUGCAAGUUUACAGGAAAAUGUAAUGAGAAUUUUAUGUAAGCUGAGCAAAAGUGAAAUUUUAAGGUUGCAUUCAAUCGUUUAUCUUGCCAUGGAAACUACGAAAACGUUAAAUUUUACCUGUCAAUCAUAAGCUUUCAUCAGUAAAUUUUUCACCUGCCAAGUUUCAGCUUGUGAGCUGAAACCUUUCUCUUGCCGUGAUUUGACAAAUGACAUACUCACAAACUGCCAAAACAGUGUUUAGCCACCUUAAGGGGAGUAUUCUCUGUACAAACGCAUGCUCUCAGACUCUGUUUCCACCAAGAUUUAUGAUCAGCAUUACCAGGAAAGGGAAUAAGGUCUAUGGGUAAUGGUUUGAACCUAGAGGCCCAUGUCAUAAGUAGGUGAAAAGUGAUCCUCCAGGUAAGAGUAUUACUGAAUAGGACAAUCUGUGCGGUAGUCAUCUUCAGAUUCAAAGAAACUUGAUGACUACCGCAUUAGUCGUCGAAACGUCAGUCACUGUUAACAACACUCCUAAUUCUCGAAAGAAGAUAUCCCACCUACUUAUGACACUUGUCAUGGCUGAUAAAAGGGUAGGACUGAAGCUGCCAGAUCAUCUGUUGAAAGGUUUUGACAUACUUCGAUACCUGAGCAUGGUAUUUAUAGCACAAUUUAUCUCUUUCACAAUAAAGGUUGAGAGUAUCUUGUGUUUAUUUGUUUUAAUAAUUCAUAAGGUUGGACGCAUAGUAAGUCGGUAUAACCUAUGACUGGCAACCUUGAAACUUCAACCAACUAAUGUGUUAUUGAACACACAGGUGGUGUUCGAAGGAUUGGCUGGCACGGGCUAUAUGGGCGAUAUAGCCCUUGAUGACGUAAUGGUGUUCAAGGAUAGCAAUUGUGGGUUAAACCCAAGUUCAGCACAGCCAAGCUCACCGCAACCAACACCCAUCCCCACUCCCCCAAGUAAGUUGCAUUGCUGACUAAAGUUCUUUUCAGUCUUUGCUUGAUGUAACGUAACAGUCAUGUGAAGUUUCAAUCGAUACGCACCCUAUCCAUUAACCUCAAUUCUCUACGUUUCCUGCAUAAAGUUAAACGUUUUGAAAAUUUUCUAAUUAAAGAAAAGGGAGCAAACAUUUACAUCUUACAUGAACCGCUACACGCUUUACAAUACAUCACUCAGUCAACCUAGGAGACUUAAACGAAAUCCUAAUACAGUCAAACCCCGCUUUACGGACACCCGCUUAAUACGGACACCUGAUUAUUACCGACAGUUUCAUUUGUCCUUGCGGGAAGAAACCCCUUAUAUUUUCUCUAAAUUUAACCGCUUAAUAUGGACACCCCAGUAAUACGGACACUUCCCAUGGCCCCUACAGUGUCCGUAUUAAUGAGGUUUGACUGUGGCACAAGAGCAUAAAACCUUCCUUUGCAUGAGUAGAGAUCCUAAAAAGAAGAUUUGAACCUGAUGCUACUCAGCGAAAGAACCUUAAAAAGGCCUUGUUCAAACGUUGCAUUUUACAUGCGCCGAACCUAAUGCAAAUGAGCAAGAACAAUGGAUUUUCCUCAACAGUAAUAUAUAUGAACCUGGUCUUGGUUCUGCUCAUGUGAUGGCCUGAUUACGUUUCUUUCUAUAUCUAGCUGUUCACUCUUGUGGAUUCAAACCCCAUACUCGAAUUGUGGGCGGCACCGUGGCGAUUCCAAACUCUUGGCCGUGGCAGGCAAUGCUCAUGUACCAGAAGAGCAAAGGGGAAUGGAAGCAGUUUUGCGGAGGAUCUCUGGUAACCCUAGAAUGGGUGUUGACCGCUGCCCACUGCGUAGUUGAUAUCAGAGAAGAAGAUUACGGUACUCACAUGGUCAGGUAGUAAGAUUUCAAAACGUUUCUCAACAGAGAAUCCUUGAAAAUAAAGUCUGACUUUCACGCAUUGUUAAAAUUUUGAUUCGAUCCACUGCCACUUAGUUAUUGCUUUCAGAUGUCAAAGAGACCCCUUGGGAGUAUCUCCAACGCCACUUUCAAAUACAAUAUGAUAAUGAAAUUUUAACUUUUCAUAUAGUAACCGGACUCGAAGCAAAUGUUGAUUAUAGGAUCUAUUUCUCUUUUUCACAGGAUGGGUGCGCAUUAUAAAAACACCUCACUUUUGAUUGGCUCUGAGCAAGACUUUGGAAUAAAAAAGAUCUNCACUCUUGUGGAUUCAAACCCCAUACUCGAAUUGUGGGCGGCACCGUGGCGAUUCCAAACUCUUGGCCGUGGCAGGCAAUGCUCAUGUACCAGAAGAGCAAAGGGGAAUGGAAGCAGUUUUGCGGAGGAUCUCUGGUAACCCUAGAAUGGGUGUUGACCGCUGCCCACUGCGUAGUUGAUAUCAGAGAAGAAGAUUACGGUACUCACAUGGUCAGGUAGUAAGAUUUCAAAACGUUUCUCAACAGAGAAUCCUUGAAAAUAAAGUCUGACUUUCACGCAUUGUUAAAAUUUUGAUUCGAUCCACUGCCACUUAGUUAUUGCUUUCAGAUGUCAAAGAGACCCCUUGGGAGUAUCUCCAACGCCACUUUCAAAUACAAUAUGAUAAUGAAAUUUUAACUUUUCAUAUAGUAACCGGACUCGAAGCAAAUGUUGAUUAUAGGAUCUAUUUCUCUUUUUCACAGGAUGGGUGCGCAUUAUAAAAACACCUCACUUUUGAUUGGCUCUGAGCAAGACUUUGGAAUAAAAAAGAUCUAUUUCCAUCAAGAAUACAACAGCCUGGCCCGUUACAAUUUUGACAUUGCCCUUAUUCGCUUGGACCGACCUGCCAUUAUUAAAGACGGUGUAGGUCUGGUAUGUCUUCCCGACGACAAUAUCAGCUUUCCCCCCGGAUCUGAAUGUUGGAUAACCGGCUGGGGAACACUAAAACCAGGGGGACCAUCACCAGACGAACUUCAGCAGGCCAAGGUCCCCUUGGUAUCGAAUCAAAAUUGUACCAAGAAUGGCUCGUAUGCAGCACACCAGAUUACCCCCGAAAUGCUAUGCGCAGGGUUUCCAGAGGGAGGCAUAGAUGCUUGCCAGGGAGACUCAGGUGGACCACUAGUGUGCGAGGAUAACGGCAAAUGGUAUCUUGUGGGAGAUACUAGCUGGGGCAAGAGCUGUGCUGAGCCAAACUAUUAUGGGAUUUACGCCAGAGUGGAGCUUCUUAAGGAUUGGGUCUUCCAUGUGAUGGCCCAUCCGGAUAGUUAUUCUCAGUGA